AAUGCGUACUUACAGAUACUGCUAAGUCCAGAGUUGUUAAAAGCCUUCCCAAAUCUUGCUGGUUUUGUAUUAGAUUUUCUUGAAAACAAACCUUACAACAAAGGAAAGGGGGACUUUGCCCGCAAGAUGGACACCUUUGUAAACCCUCUGCGCAAUUCAAUGAGAAAUGUUUCCAAUGCUGUGAAAUCUUUGCCUGACAGCUUGGCAGAGGGAAUGAAUAAGAUGUCUGAUAAUGUGGGCAAAAUGUCAGAAAGACUGGGACAAGAUCUCAAGCAAUCAUUAUUUAAGGGUCCAAUUAUUGUACCAAAAGCCGAUUCAGAU